AAAAUUGCAGCACACGAGCUUGGACAUAGCAUGGGAUCUGGCCAUGAUGGGGAGAUCGGAUGUCAAGAUAACGACUUCUUCGUGAUGGCUGCAUUUGUCGUGUUGCCAAACCAAAUUCCGGGUACUUUGCUGGAUAACUUGUUCCGAUUUUCAACAUGCAGUAUUGCGAAGUUUGACAGCUUCUUGAGGUCUGCUGCCUGUACGCGGCAGAGUUCCAGUCUUCCCGCCUUCCACCUGGGAGGUUCUGAACAGCUCUUUGAUGCUGAUGAACAGUGUCGGUUGUUCUUGGGGCCAGCGUCAAGGUUUUGCAGGGAAGCAACAUCGCAACGUGUGGAUUGUUUUGAGAGCAUGUGCUCCUCACUCUUAUGUCUGAAUCCUGCAAGUCCAACGCAGUGCCGGGAGUUCCUUCCUUUCGACGAAACCGCCUGUGGUAAUGGAAAGUUUUGUGAAGCGGGAAGAUGUGUGUCGCACACGAGAGCGCUGGCGACUGUUGACGGGUGCCCCCAAGGAGAUGACCCAAGUACUCCAUGUGAAGCCUCUUUAUGCCCCACCUACAACGCUUGCACAAAGAACAUCCUGUGUUGUCAGACCUGUAAUGAACCAAAUAUUUGCCUACUUAAUACAACUACCAUCCACGACAACACCUACUCCGUCAACCACCAUCAUCACAAUCACAACUACCACAACUACAACUUCAAUAACGACUACGUUCACCACUACGACAUGCCAUGCUGUGACAAGACGGAAAGGCGCAGGUGAAGGCCAAAUAUACUUGUAUGACAACUACAACUCCCGAUAUGCACCAAGGUGUGUCCCAGUGCAGGAGACGCUUUGUACGAUGACAACUUACGCACAAUGUAAAAGAUAUGUAUAAGUCAUCUAAAUAUUGAACUUCUCUCUUUACCGAGUUGAACUGGCACCAAUGGCGUAUUCCACCAACGAACGUAUCCUCGUUCUUUACCAUAAUAGUUCAGGACAAAAUUAUACUUGAUAUAUGUAUAGCAUCCUGCUGAAAAUAGGGCUGCCCAAACUGACGUUCGCACGGAAAUGACGUCAUGCGCACAGAACCCUCGUGGAUGAGUUCAGGCAAGUUGAGCUGAGAAGGGGUGUGAAUGAAAUAGGAUGAAUGUUUGAUUAAACAUAUGCUCUGGAUCGUUGAUAAAGUGAGUGAGUGUGGUUUUAAACCGCUUCUACCAAUAUUCUAUCACGGCGAGGGACACCAGGAAUGGGCUUCAGACAUUGUACCCAUGUUAGGAAUCGAACCCGGGUUCUUCGGCGUGACGAGCGGGCACCAUGCUACCCGACUGCCCCCGUUGAUAG